AUGAAGGUGGUGGUGGUGGUGGUGUUGGUGUUGACGUUGUGGAGGGUACUGGCGGCUCUCGCCCUAGUUUACUCACCUUCAGUCGCUCAACCUCAAGGAAAAUCUGCGUGCUGCUAUGUUCAACCUUAUCCCCGAAGACGGGGGUGGAUAUGUUUCUCGUCGAUCUUCCAUUGGUUGUUGUCGGUCUUUGAAACUUCUGUUCUUGUUAUUACAAUUCUUCUAAUAGAAACCCUAAUAGUGUCCGGUUACAAAUGCUCUUAUGGUGGGUCUCACUCUUGUUCAAGGAGCUGCUGCCAAAGUGAUAGUUUCCUGGAGCUGGCUGCUGGAAGAUCUAAGUUGCUGAUGAAUCUGGAGAGGACCUUGUGGGUUGCUGCCGAGUUUCUGGACCUGUGA